UGGUUCAACAUCACCAGUGGCUCGUGCCAAAGCUUCAUCUUCGGCGGCUGCAACGGGAACGCCAACAACUUCCUGACAGAGCGGGAAUGUCGGGAGAGCUGUGUCCUCGGCGGGGCUUCAAAGAAACCCGAGCAUCGCGCCAAGCAGACUGACGCCAACUCCACCUAUGACGAGCACUGCGCCGUUCCCCGGGUGACCGGCCCCUGCCGUGCCUCGUUCCUGCGCUGGUACUACAGCCCGGCAAACCGAACCUGCCGGCAAUUCACCUACGGCGGCUGCCGGGGAAAUAAAAACAACUAUCUCAACGAAGAGGAAUGCUUGAGCCGCUGCAGCCCCAAGCCAGAAGAUGCUGGUGGCACUGGUACCGAUUUCCACAGCAAUUUCCUCUCUACCAAAG